UUAUUGCGAUACAGGCUACAAUGAUCGAUUGCAUCUCGUCGCUGCAAGCGCGACGCAGCAGCCGCAGACGCCGCGAAAGGAAACCACGCGAGACUCCUGGCUGGAAACCUGCGCGCCAAGUGGCGCCUUCAAAAGGACCACUCCACGUCCGCUUGGUACGCGCUAGCAAGGCUGUCUUACUCCUCCGAGCGCACGUCCCACUUGUUAUUACUGAUCUUCUGUAGCUUCUUGCCCUCAGCCUCCUCACCCGCAUCGUGGCCACUCGUCCUCUUCGUAGGCUUCACGUCUGGCUCUCCCAGCUUGCUCUUCUCCUCGAGGCCGCCCUUGCCCAUACUCUUUUUCAAUUUCUGCGCCGUCUCGGCCUCGAUCUUCGCAUUCAAGGCCUUGCGCAGCUUCUUGAAGUCCUCGCCCCUCUGGGUAAAUGUCGGAAGCAAAGGCUCGAAGCCUCCGCGGCGGCGGCGUCCAACUCAGGCAAGGCGCGGGGUCGGUAUUUCAAGGCGUUGAUAUCCUGCUCCCCAUGCGCCAAAUCGUCGGCCAAGGGGUCCGCGGGCAAGUCCAGCUCGCGCAUGGCGGCGAUGAGCUCCCCGGCGAUAUGCACCUCGGUUUUCUUUUUGCUCCUCGGAGGCGUCUUCCUGUCGGGCUCAGGGAUGAAAAGCUGCCGAAAGUGACUUUUUUGACAGCCCUCUUCUCCCCUGCGGCCUUGGGCAUCGUCUUCGGCACUUUGGCCGCCAACACCCCACGCCGUUUCUAAACAGCCACAUCGAUCAAUGAACGCAGAAGCCUUCCGUACUCAGGGUCCCGCAGCAGAGCUGCCUUUUGGUCGUUCGCGCUCAUUGGCACGGACUCCAAGCGCAGGCCGCGCCAGGGAGCAUCCACAUGCCGUUGCCGCCUGCUACGGUAGACUGGGUAGCGACCUCGGACCACCCCCCC